AUGACCACUAAGGGUCCGCUGCCUAAGCGAUUCUUCUCCCAUAAUUUUAUAAGCCACGGGUCGUAUUUUUAUACCUUCGGAAACUAUCGUGGGUUGGGAGUCUUCAGGAUAGACCCAGAGACUGGGAUAUGGGAAAAGUUGUCUCCAGAAAAUGGUGAUGAUUUCCCUGGGUACUAUGAUGACAUCGAGCUGGCUUAUGAUGGCAAAAAAAUGUAUGUGAUAUUUGUAAAAAUACGAGGGGAAAGAAUCCGCGAGCUCAAGACAAUACAGUCUUAUGACAUUGAACAGAAUCGCUGGUAUAUUUUGGAUACUACCGGAGAUCCUGAUAAUGAGAAACCGUUUCCUGAUAUCAGGAUUAAUUUCGGAAUCGCUCAUAUCGUGGAUCUGGAAAGUAAAGGCACAAAUAUUGUUAUUUCUGGAGGAAUGAUGGACAAGAGAAUUUAUGAUGGCAUUUGGCGACUGAGUUUAUUUACACUGCAGUGGACUUGUUUGAAUAAAUUUAGGUCCAUUCUUCCUCAAGCUAUUUGCGAGUAUGACGCGAUCACUUCCCUUGAUGGCAAGAUGUACGUUGUCGGUGGAAGGAUCAAGAAAAAAAAUAACAGACUAAGUGAAGUAAAUAAUCUUUACUCCACUUGGUUACGGAUACCAAAACUCACGGACAUCUGCUGGGAAGCUGUUAAUUUUUAUUACAGAGAAUUAAAUACAAAAACAGAUGAAGGAUUGUUUGAACUCGGACUGCCUAUUAAAUUCGUAAAGUCUAGAUGCCAGUGA